UAGGUUGGUACGAAGGUAAAUGGUCCUAAAAAUAUAAACAUGCUCUUGCAUUUGUUGAUAUGGUUCGACACAUGUCACGGGCAGAGAUGCUAUACAAAAAGAAAAAAAAAGAGAACCGCAACUUGACUCAAACUCACAAACCCAACUUGAGGUUUCCCUUUUGCAAGUUGUGGUUUUCAAAGUACAAAAACAGACAGCCAGAAAAUUCUGGCUAAGCCUUGCCCCACAAAUUGAUUGCUUCUACCAGCGCUGGCUAUGAAUCCGUAUCGUAUCGUCAUCCACCAACGCCUAACACUCAACACCCAACCCCGUUUAACGUGAGACAUGCUAAUACCUCCCUGCUUCAACAACACAGCUCUCUUCAAGGAGGAUGAAGAAGGAAAUCUUAGACAUAUUAGUCCUUUAAUGUUGUGGAGUUUGCUAAAAUUUCUUCAUUUCAUUGGCAUCGUUAGUCAAUUGUGAAGCAAGAUUGAAUUGUGAGCAUACGUAUGGAUUAUCUGAUUGUCAUUUGAACCCACGCUGCGGCGAGUCUUUUCAUCAUGCCCCACAGCUCCUUGUUUCGGUACUUUAAACUCUUGAUGUCUUAGAGAAACAUGAGAGUGCCUCCUAGUGUGAUGACGCUGUAAAGUGUGAUCUAUAAGAUUUUAACUUUUCGUUGGGGGAAUCAAUUGGCUGUGUUUUUUUAGAAUACAGUUGAAACAUAAUUGUACCAAUGCUGAUACAUGAAUACACUUAGAAGAUGGUGAUGAUGAGAGAUAGUAAUUGAAGAAGUGGGUCGUUUUGGAAAAUUUUAGAAGAACCCUGCCAGAAAAAUAAAAAUGGGGUUGCCACAGCUGUGUUCAGGCUGCACGGCUGAGGAAGUGGCAGCAUCGCUAGGCACAUUUGUGCAAACUAUGCCUAGAGUAACCAGCAUAAGCAACUACAGGGUGAACUUUUUGGCAUGUGAAGACCUGGGUAAUUGCAUGCACACUGAUGUGCUUAAAUCUGAAAGAAAAAAUGUUCCAGAGCUUUCAAAAGAAUCACACAUUUCAAGUAUGUGUAAAGAUGCUACGUUAAAGGUUGAUCCCAUAGAACAAAUUGGCAGGUUAUCUGUUAAUGCUAGGGAAACUAUGCAGAAACCUAUACCUAGGACAGUAGGUUUUCAAAUAAGAGCAUCAACACCUCGUGUUAAUGGUUAUGAUGGAAAUGAAUUUUCGUCAACUGUGUUUAAAGUCACCAGUGAGGCAACUGAAGCUUCUGAGUCACAAGUCAGAAAGCGGUUAUUGUCACCUUUGAACGGGAUUCUGCUUACGGAUCCUUUUAAAGGUGACACAAUAGACAUUGAUGGUGGUAUUUAUCAAUUUCGUUCGGUUGGUGAUGAUAAUUCUGUUCUUUCACAUGAGUAUAAGAAGGUUCAUAUUGGAAACAACAAACGUAUCCUCUCCAAGAUCUGCUCUACAUCUUGUUUUCAGGGAUUUACUAUGUCAUCGAGCAAUGACUCUAAUAUGAACCAUAUUGUAUCUAGUAGUCAUCACCAUUCACAUUGUGAACAUGCAAAACCAUGGUCUUAUAAGCAGUUCAAAUCAUCUUCAGUACCUAAUGUUUAUGUAGAGACACCAACUCCUUUCCUUUUGUCUCCUCUGGGUAAAGAAUCUUCUAAAAAUAAAAAUUUGGGGGGAUACAGAAAUAUUGAUAUUAUCGUGGAUGAUGACAAUUUGACUUUUAAAAAUGUUGAACAAAUUGCUAGAACUUGUGAAGGCAGUUUAUCUGCACUGGAGAUACCAAGUAAAUCAAAGCUGAAUUCCAACAAUAUGCGGGAAAAGACUGACCUGUUUACUACUGAUAACAUAAUAGAUUUGAAAGAGUGUUGGACUCAUCCUGGUAGCUUUCCUCCUCAGGAUGCCAAAUUAUGUGGAACUGUGAAUAGACUGCCAGUUAGAAGGUCCCUGGUUGGUUCAUUUGAGGAAUCUUUGCUAUCUGGUCGCCUACUAUCUGGGAAAGUUUGUCAGAAAAUUGAAGGCUUUCUUGCCAUGCUUAAUGUAACUGGAGGCAAUUUCUCACCUCAAUCACAAAAAAUACCAUUUGCUGUAACCAGCGUCGAUGGUGACAAGUACUUACUUUAUUAUUCAUCAAUAAAUCUUUUAGGAAAGUUAUUAUCAAGCAAGGCUAGAGUUGCCAAAUUUCAGAGAACCCUUAGCAUGGCUGAAUCACGAUCUGAAAAGCCCCGCUUACGUAUACCUAUGAAAGGACGUAUUCAACUGGUUCUCAGCAAUCCAGAGAGAACACCUAUCCAUACCUUCUUCUGCAAUUAUGAUUUGAGUGACAUGCCAGCUGGUACCAAGACAUUCUUGCGGCAAAAGGUGACUUUAACUGCGUCUGGAUCGAAGUCCAUGAUGGGUAAGGAAAGCCAAAAAGAUUAUGAUAUUAGAGAUGAUGACAAGCCUCCGAUGAUCAUGGCCACCAGUCAUGGAGAUAAAGAUCUUCUCACCUCAAAAUGCGGAGAGUUUGAUAGUUUUACAUGUUCAAAGGCUGGCAUUUUGCUUUAUGCUCUUCACCUUCGCUUUAUGUGCCCUUUUCCUAAAAGACGUUCAAGGUCUGUUCAUAAGUGCAAAUCUGACACUCUCUCUGCAGAAGUGAGAAAUAUUGUUGACAUUGAACCUGAAAGAAGCUUCUACUUGUAUGAUGAUAUGAGGGUAGUGUUUCCUCAUCGUCAUUCAGAUUCUGAUGAGGGCAAGUUACAUGUGGAAUAUCAUUUCCCUUCUAAUCCAAAAUACUUCGACAUCAGCUGCUGAAAUGCCUCUGGUCCCCUCAAUGGUUUUUUGUAUAUAUACAGUUGUAAAUAUUGUACACAUACAAUUCAUUUCUUUCUAUUUUUGGUGCCAUUUGCCUCCAUGUAACUAAUAAUUUGUAAUAUAUGUAUUGUAGCUGUUCAUAUUUGACACAUAGUACUAUUUUCUUUGACCCUU